CGAAAAAUAUAUUUUUUCCAAACAAUACGAAAAAUCGGUAUGAAAUUGUUACUGCGCAGGCACCACUUAUCUGUAUAAAAUUAACGAUUAUGCUUCAUAACUAUCCAUUUACUUAUCUGUGUUAUACAUUAAACUACUGGUUGACGUCAACAAAUUUAUUUUUUGUUUUUAAACAAGUCUUGGUCCCUGCCUUGGUCCCUACAAUUACAAAAAUAAAAUAAAAAUGGCACGUUAUUUUCGAGAAGAAGAUAUUGAUGAAUUUAGAGAGUGUUUUUAUCUAUAUGCUCGAAGUGGACAAAUUCAUACUUUAGAUGAAUUAACAAUUAUUAUGCGGUCACUUGGGCUUAGUCCAACAAUAGCUGAAUUGAAUAAGUACUUGAAAGAUAAAGGUGGAAAAAUGUCAUUUGCUGAUUUUUUGGAAGCAAUGCAUCUUCAAACUAGAAUAGAAAAUAUACCAAAGGAAGUUAUAGAAGCAUUUCAAGCUGCGGAAAUUGCUCAUAUGUUAUUAAAUUGGGGAGAGCAGUUGAGUAAUAAGGAAGUUGAACAAAUUUUUCGCGAGGCAAAUGUUUCUCUUAACGGACAAGUAAAAUAUGAAGAUUUUGUUAAAAUUGCUUGUGCACCUGUACCUGAUUAUUAUUAACUAUGAAACUUAAUAUUAU